AUGCAACUCCUUCUCCUUCUCCUUCUCAUCCUCUCCCUCUUCCUCUUCUCACCCUCGUUCACCCAAAGCCUUCCUGUUCCCCCGCGAGGCGAAAUCCAUCCUUCACGCAAGUGGGUCAACAUAGCUAGGGCGACCAGGAAAUUGGAGAAUGUGUCGUGCUCGAGCUGGCAACUCGCCACAGAGACCAACAACCUGCGUCGAUGGAAGUCAAUUCCUGCCACAUGUGAAUCAUAUUUUGGGCAUUAUUUUCUGGGGCAUAGAUAUAGAGAUGAUUCAGCUCUGGUUACCAAGGAAGCCUCAAAAUAUGCACGGAGGCGUCAACUUUCAGGUGGUGGGAAGGAUAUUUGGAUCUUUGAUAUUGACGAGACUUCCUUGUCUAACUUGCCCUUCUUCUCCAAGCUUGAUUUCGGCUUGAAGCCAUACAGCGAAGCACAGUCGGACAAGUGGGUGGCGGCGGGGGCGGCGCCGGCGUUGCCGGAGAGUCUGAAGCUGUACAAGGAACUGCUAACGUUGGGGAUAAAGGUGGUGUUUUUGACGGGAAGAACGGAGGAGUUCAGAGAGAUAACGGCGCGCAAUCUUAAGAAGGUUGGGUACCACUCCUGGGAAAAGCUCAUACUUAGAAAAGGGAAUGAGCUGGAGAUAACUGCGCUGGAAUACAAAUCAGCUGAGAGGCUAAAAUUGGUGAAGCAAGGCUACAGAAUUGUAGGAAAUAUUGGGGAUCAGUGGAGCGAUAUAUUAGGCUCACCGGAAGGUGACCGCACCUUCAAGCUCCCCAACCCUUUGUACUACAUAAGCUAA